UAACCCGGGGUUUUGGAAUCUGUUAACUCUACUUUUGACAGAAAGAAAAAGCUAUAUUUGUUUUGGUUUAUUUGAAAGAUUUAUUCUUCGAAAAUUAAAUUCUUGUGGUAUACGUGAGUUUUGAUUAUUUUUAACCCGGCAAAAGCUAAGAACAUCAAUUCUGGAACAUACGCCGGAGAACACACCUUCAUUUCUUCCUCCGAAAAUUAAAAUACUUCAGUACUAGCGGAAUGCUAUCUUAUUUCCAUAUAAUAGUUUAGGUCAGUUUUCAACUUGUGUUGGAAUUAUGAGACGGUCUGCUGCCCCCAGCUUUCUGUCAGCUGCGAAGCGGCUGAAAUUUUUAUCACCUGUGAAUUCCGAACUCCAAAUAGACAAAGAAAAUGAUUUAUUUAACUUAUGGAAUUCUGAAUCGGACAACUCUAUUAAUUCUAUUGCGACAGAAACUACUCAACAACACCAAGAAAAAUCAUUGACAGCUUGUAAAGAAAAUGUUAGCCAUGUUGAACGUACACCUGAAGAACUACUUGAACUACUAUUAAAACCUGUUUGUCAAGAUCCAAAAAUGGAACAUGCAGAUGAACAAAUAAAAACAAAUUCUGCACAUUCUACCUUAGAUAUGCAGUUAAGAAAGCAACAAAAUUCUCCUACUCAUAACUCAGUACCUUUACAAAUGCUAAAACAGAAUGAGAAAAAAAAUGAAAAACAUGUAUUUAAUGAUUCAUCAGAUCAUUCAAACUCAGAUAAAGUAGAAUUGUACUAUAAUGUUUUAUGGUGUAAACGUUCUGCAAAAAAACAUAAAAUCUGGGAAGGUGAUGGGACAUUAAUAAUACGAGGUCGUAGUGCUGUGCUCAAAGAUUCAGAGGGUAAAAUUAUUGAUAGAGGUAUAGGAUACAAGAUAAAAGAAAUUGAAUCAUUAGAAGAUGGUAGCAAAUUCUUCAUUGGUGGCAAAGAAUGUGAGAUACAAUAUUUGAUGUCAGCAGAAGAAUGCAAGAACCUUAGAACACCAGAUGCUCCUGAAAAUAAUUUACCUGAAAAAUCUAAUGGCCCUAAACAAACAAAUAUAUUGAGAAAACUUCCCCGGCCUCCUUUAAAAUUCAUUACACCUCUUUGUAAAACUGAAAAUCAAACUGCCAUCUCAGACGAAGAUGAGUUCAUUUUGCCAUCUCCAACAGAAGAGCACCAAAAAAUGUAUAAUAAAAAUGGUUUACCUGUAACUACCAUAAAAAUAGACACAUUUUUAUCAAAAGAACUAAGGAUUCACCAGAAAGAAGGAAUUAUUUUUUUAUACAAAUGCAUCAUGGGUCUUCAGCAUGAAUAUGGACAAGGAGCAAUUCUAGCGGAUGAAAUGGGCUUAGGAAAGACUCUGCAAUGUAUUGCUCUAAUUUGGACAUUAUGCAAGCAAGGACCUUAUGGAAAAAGACCUAUUCUAAAACAAAUCAUUAUUAUUACACCUAGUAGUUUGGUAAUAAACUGGAAGAAGGAAUUCCAUAAAUGGCUCGGUGAAUCAAGACUUCCUAUUUAUGCUGUUGAUAAAAAGCAUACUGUAAAAGCCUUCAUAAAAGCUCCCAAAACUGUUCUUAUAAUUUCUUAUGAAAUGUUUUUACGAUCUGCUGAUUUGUUAUCACCAGUUUCAUUUGAUUUAGUGAUUUGUGAUGAAGGGCACAGAAUUAAAAAUCUUAAUAUCAAAAUUUCUAAUGUUAUAAACUGCUUAACAACAAAUAGAAGAAUUUUAUUGACUGGUACUCCAAUUCAAAACGAUUUAGCUGAAUUUUAUUCUAUUGUAGAUUUUGUUAAUCCAGGAGCUCUUGGUACUCUGCAAAGCUUCCGCAGAUCAUUUGAAAAACCAAUUUUGCAAUCUCGGGAGCAAGAAUGUUCUGAAGAAGAAAAAGAAAUUGGGGAACAAUGCAGUGAAGAAUUAAACAGAUUGUCAACAUUAUUCAUGCUUCGGCGAACUCAAGAAGUUAUAAAUCAGUAUCUUCCUUCAAAAACUGAAGUUGUAGCAUUUUGUCGUCCAACAGAACUUCAAAGGAAAUUAUACAACCACUUAUUGAAUACCGGGAGUUUAUGGAAAUUAUUGGCAUCUACUGGCUCUAUGGAUUCAUCUUUGCAUCUAAUAUACAUUUCUCUUUUAAGAAAACUAUGCAAUCAUCCAUCAUUGUUAUAUAAUAUUAAAAAUUUAGAUGAUCAUCAUAUUCUGAAUUGUAUUGAAUCAGUAUUUCCCAACAAUUAUCAGUCUUUACCAUCAGAUUCUGGAAAAAUGAAAGUUUUAGAAAAUAUGCUAAAAGCAUUCUUUUCCUAUCCAAAGAAAGAAAAAAUUGUCAUAGUUUCAGGAUUUACGAAGACUCUAAACAUUAUUGAAGAAUUGUGUAAAAGAAAAAAUUAUCUUUAUCUUAGACUGGAUGGAUCUACCAAUACUUCAUCAAGGCAGGAAUUAGUAGAUACUUUUAAUCGUUCAUAUACUAAAUAUCAUAUAUUUUUGCUGAGCUCAAAAGCAGGAGGUGUUGGCUUCAAUUUAAUUGGUGCAUCUCGAAUUGUGUUAUAUGAUAUUGACUGGAACCCAGCAAAUGAUUUGCAAGCUAUGGCACGUAUCUGGAGGGACGGACAAAAACAUUCGGUCUACAUUUAUAGAUUAAUUACAACUGGAACAAUUGAAGAAAAGAUUUAUCAGCGCCAAGUUUCAAAGCAAUGCCUCAGCGGAUCAGUACUUAACCCAAGCACAAAGGACAAACUAAAGUUUUCUCGUGAAGAAUUAAAAGAUUUAUUUACAUUUCAUGAAGAUAGUCAAUGCGUUACCCAUGACUUAAUAGAUUGUGAUUGUUUGAACUCUAAUGAACUGGAGGACUGUGGUCUUGAGAAGGAAAACUCACCCAAAUCUCUAUCUCAUAAUAUUGGAAUGGAAGAAUUAGUGAAUUGGCAACAUACAAAAGGGCCUAUAAAUAACAGCAAUGCAACAGAUUUUUUAUUAACUUCAAGCGGUGAUGACAUUACUUUUUUGUUCUCAAAUAUCAUAAACUCGCCAGUAAGUGUUUAAUAACAGCAAUGAUUGUAUGGUACUCAAAUAAGAUGAAUGUAUUUAUGUAAAUAAAUUAAUGCUCAAAUAAAUUUCAAACUUUUAUUUAAA